GUCAAAGCUCCUGCAAAGCAAAAUAGUUGAACAUGCGACGACUUUGAUCAGACACACGGCAUUGGAGUUUUGCUAUGCGCAUCUAUUAGUUGGAAUGCCGUUGCUCACCAGUAUCUCCAGGCUGAUCUCACGCCGGUAUGUAUCGCCGAUAGCUUCCCACCGUCUUGCAGGUAGCAGAAGCAUCACGACGACUGGCCUAGCUGCUCUGCCACGCACACGCCUGUUUGAAGCCAUCAAGUCGCAUGAUCCGGAAAGUACUGCCGUGAUACACUCACUCUCGGGCCGUCGAUUCAGCUAUGGUUCGCUGUUAAGAGACGUGGCUGCUGCCAAACAACGACUUGCGAAUGAUUCCGGCAGAGAUGCUGAAGCUUUGCAAGGCGAGCGUGUCGCUUUCUUGGUCGAGAACAGCUAUGACUAUGUAGUGACGCUACUCGCAAUCCUAGGUACCAAUGCCAUCGCCGUACCGUUGUCGCCAGCAUUUCCUUCCGGAGAAUUGAGAUACAUCCUUGAUCAGAGUGGUGCCUGCAUGCUGGCAGCUUCAUCCAAAUUCGCGACCAAAGCUGAUGAUGUCCUGUCUGGCGAGUUAGAGAACAAGCCUAUACUGUCACAAUGGGAGAAGAUUAUGGAAGGCAUCAAGGUGACGGAAGACGUGGUUCUCGAGGACAUGAAAGAGGAAAAGGGCGGCAUGAUGCUGUAUACAAGCGGAACCACCAACAGACCUAAAGGAGUGCUCCUGCCACAAUCCACCUUGAUGGCACAAGCGAAAUCCCUCUCCGAAGCAUGGCACUACUCGCCUAAUGACCACUUCCUCCACGUCCUGCCUCUCCAUCAUAUCCACGGCACUGUCAACGCCCUUCUAACACCACUACUCGCCGGCAGUACUAUUGAGUUCCUCUUCCCCUUUACCGUCGACUCCGUCUGGUCCCGUCUCGCCGCCCCUUUCCUGGAGAAUACCCCAUCGAAAAAGCCCAUAACCUUCUUCACCGUGGUCCCUACAAUCUACAACAGACUGCUACAGUCCCACAAGACACUUAGUCCGGAGCUACAAGCUGCGACAAAAGAGGCCUUGGACCCAAAGAACAUGCGCUUGAAUAUCAGUGGCUCGGCUGCUCUACCAACACCUACAAAGCAAGCUUGGACGGAAUUGAGCAAUGGCAAUGUCCUGCUCGAACGCUACGGCAUGACAGAAGUAGGCAUGGCACUUUCCUGCGGUCUAGCAAAUGAAGAUCGCGUAGACGGAAGCGUAGGCUGGCCUCUCCCAUCAGUAGAAGCCCGUCUCGUCGACUUGGACACGAAAGAAAUCAUUCAACCCGGCGAAGAACUCGAUACAAAUGGCAAAGAACGUAGUGGAGAGAUUCAAUUACGCGGACCCACAAUCUUCAAGGAGUACUGGAACAAUCCCACAGCUACAGCCAAAGAAUUCACCGAAGAUGGAUUCUUCAAGACCGGCGAUGUGGCUGUGAGGAGAAACGUUCCUUCUGCUGGAAAAGGAGCUUCUGGCGAAUGGGCACAAGGACCCAUGUACUUCAUUCUCGGUCGUCUCUCCGCCGACAUCAUCAAAGUAGGAGGUGAAAAGGUGUCAGCACUCGAGGUUGAAAGAGAAAUGCUCUCGAUACCUGCAAUCGCCGAAUGUGCAGUAGUAGGCUUACCGUCCGAGACGUGGGGUCAAAAAGUCGCUGCGGUGGUUGUGUUGAGCGAACAAGGCAGGACUGCCGGAAAGGGUGGAAAAGCAUUUGGACCCAUGGAUUUGAGAAGAGGAUUGAAGGAUAGGUUGGCGCCGUUCAAGAUUCCUCAAGACUUGAAAUUGGCUGACAGUAUUCCGAGAAACGCCAUGGGAAAGAUCAACAAGAAACAGCUGGUCAUCCAAGUUUUUGGAGCUCCUGAUGGCAUCCAAAAGUAGGAGGUGCAUUGCGAAAGACCUUGCUUCCUUCCUUAUGACGCGCUCGAAAUGCGGGUUACGGGAUACAAAGCGCCGCUUGCUCUUUCUAGAUUUAUACGUGUAGGACAAAGAUUCAGAUCAUGUUGGAAACCGCAAGAAAGGUGUUUUUCGUAAGUGUGCAUUUCGAAAAGAAUAAAUUCUCAAACCGCCGUUAUCCUCUUCUUACUUGCACUACCAUGUAUACACCCAUUCCUAUCCUCUCGCAUGAAAAGUCUCAUCACUCCUUGGUCUCGUUACUUCAUACCAUCUGUAAAAAGUGUUGAUCAAGCCUCAACGCCCUCGCCAAAGACCUCCU